UCUACAGCAAUGCAGAUACUCCUAAUUACUAGUCUGCUGGUCGGCACCGCUCUGGCCGUCGGCAAAGUUGGUAAUGGUGGCGGUUACGGUGGUGCAGGUGGCUUUGGUGGUGGCAUGUCCGGUGGUGGAUCCGGCGAAGGAGGCGGGGGUGGAUCCGCAAGCGGUCAUGUUGUGAUUGUUGCUGGCGGCGGCGGUGGAGGAGGAGGAGGAUAUCCUUACGGAGGCGCUGGCGGCAAUGGCGGCAAUGGCGGCAAUGGUGGCCCUGGCGGUUGGGGAAUAGGGGGAACAGAAGGCGGAAGCGUAACCGGAAGUUGGAGAUCUGGGGGUGGGGGCUCCUGGGGUGGAAACGGGGGCUCGGGUGGACCGAUGUCAUGGGGUGGCGUGACCGGAACCGGAGGAUGGGGUGUCACAGGCGGUCCCAUUGGAAGUGUUGCAGGACCCGGAAGAACCAGUGGUCCUACAGGAGGAUGGACUGGCGGUUGGGGAUCUAGUUCCGUCACCGGCGGAUGGGGUGGACGUGGAACCUGGAGUGGUCCAGGUGGACAACCAGGUGUCGUCACCGGAGGAUGGGGCAGACCAACUGGUGGCUGGAGGACAACAUGGGGCAGACGUGGACCAACACCAACUGGUAGCGGAGGAGUGUUCGUCGGCGCCGGCGCUGGGCCAAGCUAUGGAUAUGGGUUCGGUGGUGUUUUCGGACCAAGCAGCGGAAGUCCUGUAGGGGGUCCCAGUGGCACCUUCCCAGGCGGCCCAAUUUCCGGUGGACCUAGCAGUCCAGUGUACAUGCCAGGCGGACCUAGCGGUCCGGCUACUAGCGGCCCUGUAAACGGUGGACCAAGCGGUCCUAUUAUCAUGCCAGGUGGACCAAACGGACCCGUCAUCAUGCCAAGCGGACCUGGUGGUCCCGUUUUCAUGCCAGGUGGACCUAGCGGCUCGACAUCCGGUGGCCCCGUUAACGGUGGCCCAGGCGGAUCCGUGUCUGGAUUUCCAGGAUUUGGAGGACCUGGUACCGGCGGUGUAAGCGGCAGCUUCAGUGGCUCAUUCGGUAGCGGUCCCGUUAUCAUGCCAGGCGGACCUAGCGGAUUCACAUCCGGUGGCCCCGUAAACGGUGGAUUUCCAGGAUUUGGAGGACCUGGUACCGGCGAUGUGAGCGGCAGCAUUGGAGGCACAAUCGGAGGUGGUUUCACCGGCGGCGUCGGCGGUGUCCCAAUCGGCAAACGAUACUAAUUUCUACUACUAAACAACGGAGCAUGGGAGAAUCAGGUGUCGUUCUCGAAACAUUCCCGACGAUGAUUUGCAAGUGUCUUCUCCCCUCUUUCCCGUCGUCGACUGUACCGAUUUUACCGACGAGAUAUACUAGAUUUUAGUCGUAUUCUAAUUUAUUAGCUCGCUUAUAUACUCUCUUGUACUGUUGAGUUGUUUUUCCCAAAUAUCAUGUAGAGAAUGCGUUGAGAUAUGUUUUGUUGUCAUGUAACGGCUUC